AUGAUUGCCAAACCUCACCUGCUCAGCCUAUGUGAGGAUAUUUCGAAGGCUGCUGGUCGGAUAAAGCUGCACGUCAGAAAAACUCCCCUGGAAUACUCUCCUUGGUUAAGUGACAUUGGCAAGUCGAAGGUCUAUAUUAAACUGGGUAAGUAUAGUAACCAACCUUCACUGCUUAUCCACGGUAACGAAUUUCGUCUUGGUCAAUCGGCAAUAAGCAGUGUUGGAGUUUGAUAAAUAACAAGAUCGUCACUAACUCAAAGGGUUUAUAUAUGACGUUAAAAAUAAUUUAGUACAAGACGCGUGAAUUUUACAGAAGGCAACGUAAAGUGCCAAACAUUCACGCGUGAAAUGGGAUCAGGCCCCUUCACUCCCCUCCCCCCCUGACCUUUGCUACCCUCUUCAUUCUUCGAGGAUUUUGGUAUUAAGAGUUCCACACCCAAUCGACUCAUACCCCGACCGUUCCCCCUUUGAUUCAUUUUGUUAGUGGUAGUCUAUAAUAGGGUUGAAUAUUGAGCGAUAGGGAUUUGAUAAUAGGGUUCUACAACUUCAUCAUGCAGAUUUAUUAUAGAUUUGUAGAAUUUCUUGUCAAGUGAAUUGAUCUUUCAGGCAUGAUUAAACAUAUUGCAAUUGAACGCUGUUGGGUUUCGUUAAAAAACGGUUACCACCAGUCCAGUGCUUCUUAUAGGUGCUCUUCUUGCCUUCUGUCAAGAUUUUAUUUAUAGGAUUUGUACAGCUUUUUGAGUGAUCAUGGCUGUAUGUUUCAUCAUUGGCAGUUGCUUAAUAAUUAUGAAAAAGGCGGUCAAAACCCCUGAAAGUGUUUGGAGAAGAUAACUUCUCUUUCCUUUGGAGAAUUUUAUAUAGGUCUUGAAAAGGCUUUGUACCCCACCUUUGCAGGGGACCAAAAAUGUUCUGCAAAAAUUUGCCAGGCUAAUUUUUUGCUGGCAUGAAACCUCAAAUAUUACAUAUUUCUCCUAAGACUAGAGAUGAGUGUAGGUACGGUGAUAUCUUAAAUUGUGUGGCAAUUCAUAACAACCAUUCACAUCACAGCUUGGAGAAAGCUCAAUUACUAGCCGCUGUUUGGAAACGAGCUGACACUCACCCUUCUUCUUCUUGAGAGGAUCGAGGACUAGACCCAAAAAAAUGGCAGAAAUCAAGCCCAAAUCUAGGGCUAAUAUAUUUUUAAAUAUAUCAUGAUGAAUUGUGGACUUUUACUAAAUUCCAUUUUGCAUAUUUAUUCUCUGACACAUGAAAAUAACCCUGCUUAGUCUUAAAUGUUGAUUUUGACUUAAGUGUUGUUUGUUCUCCUUUGGGGACAGUAAAAUGUUUUUUUGUAAAUAACAGUUAUCUAUUUUCAUUAAUAUAGAGAGUGAACAGAUUACAGGAUCUUUUAAACUGAGAGGAGCCUUCAACAAACUCCUCACCCUUAAAGAAUCAAAUGAUGAGGUUUUUCUGACUAAUGGAGUGAUUACAGCUUCUACUGGAAAUCAUGGAGCAGCCACUGUAAGAUGAAUUUUUUCAAUAUGGUUGGUCUUAAUAUUUAACAAGCCAUUGUUAUUUGAUGGAGAAAACUUGUACCUGUAUGAGGAAUGACUAGCUUUACUUCAAGAAAGUGGCUUCAUGCUUCAUGCUUGUAGGGAAUUUAAAGCUUUGGAAAUCAUGGGCCAAUUCACAGACUUAAGCCUUUUAAUUUCUAUAUUUUUUUUUAUUUAACUGGUUAUAUCUAUGAUAAAAUGUCAGUAAGAGUCUGCAUGACUGAGGGAGAGAACAUUUGUGGCCAUUACUCAGAUUAAAGUAUUUUAAAAGUGGUUGUGAGGUCAAAGACACCCUUUGAAGUCAGCCCCAGUCCUUUCAAGUAGUUAUAGUGGAGCCAAGAAUGAAGGUGGUUGGCAGUUGUCCAUUUAAAUUAACCCUGAUAUUAUGAAGUGACAAGUUAUUUUUUAAUUUAAAAUGUUUCUUUGUUUGUUUGUUUUUUAUGUAGGCAUAUGCAUCAAGUAAAGUUGGCACUCCAGUUACUAUUUAUGUACCAGAGACCACUUCUUAUGCCAAGCUGAAAGUAGUAAAACAGUUUGGUGGGUCUGUGAAGUUCCAUGGAGAAGACUGUGUUGAAGCAGAGGUGACAGCCAGGAGUGCUGCUAAGGUUCAACAACAUUGCUGCACUCCUUAUGUUAAUGGAGCUUCUCUCUCUCAAUGCUAACAAUAGAAGCACAAAAUAAUCUGUGUUUGGCUGACCACAAUAGUGUGGGAAGAUGGUUGAAAAAGCCAUAAUAUAUACUUAGAUAAGUUUAGUUCUAGCUCGUAAGUAAACAAUGUCCAAUUGUGUAAAAAUCUACCAACAGGAUUGCCUUGGAUUCCAGGAGAGUAGUAGUAUUUCUAACAAUUUUGUGCUGCUGAAAUCAUUUCCAGGGCUGGAUGAAAGCAAUGCAACUGGUCAUUCAGGCUAGCAAAAUCCCUCUCUGAGAAUAAGCAACUUUUUGUGUUAAUUUGCAAGUACCCUAAUUUUUUUCAACAUUAAGAAAACAAGCCAAAGGAAAGAAGCUUGAUAAUAAGACAAACAGGCUACAAGUUAGUGUCAUAGCUGUUAACCCUUUAACUCCCAAGAUCUUCUCCACUCUACCUACUACACAUUUCCUUCUAAAUAAGUCACAAGAAUUUGGUGUUAGAUCAAAUGACCAAAUGAGGGAAUACAAAUAAUGAUGGGAAUGCGUGACAAGUAACGCAAGAUCUACAUAUCGCAACAAGAGCCCUCAUAAAAUGUAACAGGAAAUCCCUCCUUGUCCCAUUUGUUUGACAGUGUAUGCUUAUCCCUUUAGGAAAGUGGCAUGCAUUUUGUUUCGCCAUAUAAUGACCUUGUAGUUGUUGCUGGGCAAGGAACCAUUGGGUAAAUAUUUAUUUGUUAUUUAUGUUGGUGGUGUUUAGUUCAUAUUUGUUUAUUUAUUAUUUUCAUUUAAUUAUUAUUUCUUCAGUCUUGGCAUGUGGAGAAAAAUAGAAACCUUUCCUUGUUACUGAGUCUUGCACGCUGACAGCUCAGCUUUUUUAAUUGUAAUACUUAAACUCGACUUUUUCGAUGGCGAAAAAACUUUGUUUAAAAUAUAAUUACAGAGUCGUAACGAGGUAUGUGGGCUCAGGGAUCAAAGGGGUGGGAUCUGGGAUCAGAAGCCUGGGAUCGGGGAUCAAAGGCAGAGCCACGUAGAGACAGAGGGAGAAACGUAAAGAAAAACAAAAUGGUGUUUUUUAAAAAUAUUUUUCAGAUGAAUGGCCAUGGCCAACACAUCGCAUAAGCCUCUCUGACAUGGCCAGCAAACAGGGAUCGCUGCGUCAAGGACAGGAUCAAUUUUUUUUUCAGUUUUUAGAUGGGAUCAGUUUAGUUUUUCGGGAUCAAGGAUCGAAAUUAUCCGAUAUUUUGGGAUCAUGGAUCACAAAAUAUAGAUAAAAGUUAGGAUCAUUAUGUAUUCCAAAUACCUCGUUACGGCCCUGAUAAUUACGUACCUCUUCCUUCCAUCCAAUGAAUCUUUUACGAUUAUUUUUUUGUGUAUCCUCCACAAGUGGAACCUUUUGAUAUGACUGUUUAUAUUUACCACUGAAAUAUUUAACUUGAAUGAAAUGCAAACACAAAAUGAACUAUUGAGUAGUUUUGAGGAAUUUAAAGUGAAAGGGCAGAUGGAAGCGUUGAGAGCAUGAGAGUAUAGUGACUUAUCAGAAACCCGAAAAAAGCCCAAAACUUACAUCAAAUUAAAAAAAUGUGACGGGGAAAAUGACAGGUGACAUUUUGAGGCCCAAAAGGAUUUACGAAAAAACGAGAAAAGAAACAUUUUUACCGAAACCAAAUGUUACAAAAGAGAAUUAACAAACCCAGGGUCGAUACGAAAAUUUGUAAAUGAAACUGAAAAACAGAUCUCAAAAAUCGCCAAGCCAGAAAACGAAGAAGUUGUUGCCUCUUUCAGUUAAUGUUUUUGUAAUUACUUUGCUAAAACGUACAGCGACUUUCUCUGUAAUCUACACAGGGUGGAGAUCCUCGAAGACUUGGCCGAUGUUGAUGCAGUAUUCGUUUCUGUUGGAGGAGGGGGACUUAUAGGAGGGAUUGCAGCCUACCUGAAAAGUGUGAAACCCGAAAUAAAGGUAACAGGUCUCAAUGAAGAAGGAAAAUGAACCUUCCUUUUGAAUGUGCAUCGGAUGAUACGUGAAUCGCAUGGAAUUCUCCUGGUAGGGUUUUCAAUAACAGCUGGCUAUCGACGUCCCACCGCCGCUUGUAAGAACUCUUACCACCGUCUGUUGAGCUUGCAAUCAGGCUCUGGUGUUUUGAUUUUGCCUUGCGGCUUUUUUUCCGGGCACAGACACCUAUCACACCAUCGGCCGCCUGUGGAAAAAGUUAUUGAAACCAAAACUUCUGCAUUGGAUGAAAAAAUAUGAAAGUGGCGUGAGAAUAUUUAGCAGAAACUUGCCUUCAUGUUCUUUUGCCUUGCCACAACAACGUUUGUGCAGAAAAUACGAAACAAGUAAAAUCGCUGCGUAGUGCCGCGGUUGCCACUAGUUUUCCCGCCAAAAUGAUCCACCAAAAUAACACUCACUCUCGUGCGUGCCCGCGUUUUGUCUCGGUCAACGGUCAAACGACCACGGAUGUGUUUUUCUUGUUUUUUUUUUUUGCGCGUAUGUUUCCGUGUAUGAACACAACAGUCAAACCCUGAGUAAGGCAUGGGCGAGGGGAUCGAUUAUGACCAGCUCUAUGCCAACAACUGCUGUCUUACAAAAUAAACGAAAGAAAAUUGAAAAGUUCAUAGAAAGGUAGAGAAAACUCGAAACUUUUCGAACAGGAAGCUUAUUCAAACACAAAUAUUUGUUGAUUUACCAUUCUGUUUUGAGCUUUAUCAAAAAAAUUCUACGAUUUUUAGACCAUGUGAUUUACUGGCUUGUGUAGCUUGUGUUUGUAACUCGUGUGAGAUAACUUGGUUCUGAAAGCAUGAAAAUACACCACCUAGUCAUUGUAGGCGCAUUCGUUUGAGCGCUUUGUUGUGUGUGUCUUGUUGUUGUUCGUUGCUCGGAGCGGGAAAAUGUGGGACUGAGAAGGAGAUUUAAAAUACCUAAAAUAGACUCUGCUCAUGCCGACUCAACUGUUGAUUUUAAUGCAGAUGAUUGGAUGUCAGCCCUCACAGUCUGCGGUGAUGUCAGAGUCAGUGAAGGCAGGAAAAAUUUUAGAUCUUCCAUCAGGUGACACGCUGUCUGACGGUACAAGCGGUGGUGUCGAGGAAAACUCAGUGAGUAUUAACAAGUAAGGUGAUCUUACGUAAAAUUCUGAUGAGGUGUGGCAUGAGCGCAGGCUUGUAAAACUCUUUACAUGUUGCGUCCGUGUUUAGUUAACUAUUUCACAGAUGAGGUUCACGUUUUAUCUUUUGUUCAAAUUUUAAUUUCCCUAAUUUUUCUGGGUAAGGUCAUGAAGGAAAUUUUUAUUCACGCUCGUUAUACCCCGGCUUGUCUUGCAUUGAUGUAAAUGUCAUGGGUACAUUUUGUCAUGUGUUUUCUUCGCGGAAUGAUUAUAGCUGAGUGAUAAAAGUUUAGAAAAAAGCAUACUAUUAAGACAUGGCUGAAGGUUUAGGUGUGGAACCUAAGCAGCUCGCCUUGACAAGACCUGACAAAGUCGGCCGAUCGAAAGAACUCUUACCGUUCUGACGUUAAAAAGAUGCAUACGCUUUUUUCUUUGUUAAGAGAAAAGGACAAACACAAACCUUUCGAGAACGAUGAUUCAGGAAGUUCAUAGAAGCCGUUGGAUUAAUUCUAGUUUUUCAAAUUUUGCUUUACGCUUUAUUUUUGGGACAUUUGCUGAAAGAAAGAGAGUUGUGUUUUUUCAUUUCCUUCGGGAGAAAAAUUAUGUGUGUGCUUUCAUGCAUUAUAAAGUAGAGUUGUAUUUCCACAUUUUUUUGUACUGGUGAUAAGGUGACGUUUGAUCUUUGUAAAUAUCUUGUCGACGAGUGGAUCCUUGUGUCAGAGGAAGAAAUUAGUAGAGCAGUUUACCAAUUUAUGGAAAAUCACCAUAAAGUGAGUCAGUUACAUUUUUUUUAUUGCCUAAAAAUUUGUCAGUUACAUUUUUUUCUAUGUUUAUUAAAUCGACAAGCUGCUGCAGCAGGCGGGUGUGGACCACUAGCAUGUUUAUCAAAGACUAUUAUUUCCCCCUCCCUGUUCUCCCUUCCCCUUCGCGAGACCUGA